AUGCCACGAUCGGUCGAUAUGGAUCCGUUUGGUCCUCUGCCGCCGAGGCAUCGGUUUAUCCUGUGCUUCGAUGGCACGGGGAAUAAAUUUGCGGGGGAUGAGUCUGAUACCAAUUUGCUGAAGAUCUAUCGUAUGCUCGACCGCACCAAAAGCCACCAAUACCACUACUACCAGCCCGGCAUCGGCACCUACGUCAACGCCGACAACUUCGACAGCGACCCCAACCUCUUCCAGCGCUUCAAAGCCUCCUGUCGCAAAGCGGCUGACGCCGCGCUGGGGUCGUCCUUCGACAAGCACGUUCUGGGCGGAUACCGCUUCCUAAUGCACCACUACACACCCGGUGACGAGAUCCACAUGUUCGGCUUCAGUCGCGGGGCGUACACGGCGCGAUUCCUAUCCGAAAUGCUCGACUAUAUUGGCUUGCUGCAGCCGGGAAACGAGGAGCUGAUUGCGUUUGCGUGGAGGAAGUUCUCGCGCUGGCAGUUGCGGCGCGGGAGCGAUGAGGAUGAGGAGACGCGCAUGCUGUUCGAGUAUAUGAAGGCGUUUCGGGAGACAUUUAGCUGGCCGGUUGAGCCGGUGAGGUUUUUGGGGCUGUUUGAUACCGUGAAUAGCGUGCCGAUGUUCGAGGGCCCGUGGAUGGGCCGCAGUCAGUUCCCGUAUAGUUCGCGCAGCAAGGCGAGGGUUGUGCGCCAUGCGGUGGCUAUCAAUGAGCGGAGGGCGAAGUUUCGGCAGGACUUGGUGUCGCAGGGACGGCCGCGGGGUGUUCAGCGGACAUUUUCGUCAAGGCUCUGGCAUGAGGAGAACGCCUUGAAUGGAGAGGGUGAGAGGUUGCUGAACGGGCAUGCUGAGGAGGAGGAUAGGGGGCAGAAGUCGGAUGAUUCUUCGUCGGAGGAUGAUGACGAGACGAUAUAUCGCGCGCCGCGGCGGCGGUCAUCGACCCGUUCUAGCUUGCGGCUUUGGACUGGUUCGCCUAUUGUUAAGACGCCGCGUCAGUGCACUGCGACGGACCGACUUUUCUCGCCUCUGAGCAUGCCGACGCCUGAACAAAAAUUUCCCCGGAGGCAGGAUGUCCAGGAGGUGUGGUUCGCUGGGGAACACGCUGAUGUUGGCGGCGGGUGGGGAGUCGAUACCAACGACCCGUGGCCGUUGAGCCAUAUUCCGCUCGUGUGGAUGGUCAAAGAGGCGCAGGCAGCAGGCGUCGAGUUUGAUCCUGUCAAGUUAAAACGAUUCGAUUGUCAGGAGUCGGUCGACGAAAACCGCAGCCGGAAAUUCAAUGCCAAAAAUCGGAGCAAACGCCCUAGACACGGAUUCCACGAGGUCCUCCAUGAGACGAUGGCGCGGGGCAUCGUGCAUGAUAGUCUCAGCUAUGGCGGUGGUCUGUCGAACAUCUCGACCUUCAUAUGGCGACUCAUGGAGUUUCUUCCGUUUCGUCGCAUGGAUCUCCGGCCAGAUGGCUCGUGGGAGCCGAUUUCGUGGCCGCUUCCACGGGGUGAGGUGCGGGAUAUCCCGGAUGAUGCCCAGAUCCAUAUCUCUGUGAUCCAACGGAUGGAACGAGAUCCCACCUAUCGGCCUGGGAAUGUUAUUGUGGGGGGUGGGGGGAGGGGUGUGAAGCGCGCACCGGAAGAAUAUGGUAUUGGGGAGUGGAAGGCAUUUCGCCAUGAAGGAGAUCCAAUCCGGGGGACAUUUGUGCGCAAGAGGCCUAGUACAUUCUGUGAUGAUGCGAAUGUGUGA